AUGGGCGAUCUGGGAGUAAAUGAUGAUUUAGAAAGCCAGUGGAGCGAUGACUGUCUUUGGCCCCGUCGACUACUUCAUGUGGCUUCCAUGACAUCCUAUCCUUGGAGUCCGGGCAAUAAGUACGGAUCUUACGAAGAACCAUACUAUAACGCUAUUUCUUAUACAUGGGGUCGGUUCAGGUACAAGGACCAUCAGCCAGAAUAUGCCACAACGCGUCCUCUCGACGUCAAAGGCGUGACUUGGCCACUUCCACGCGUAUAUCCAACUCACUUCACAGCCGAGGAAAUGACCAAACUUAUCAAGGCUGCUACAUGCCCAGAUGAAGAAGAAUAUGCUGUUGAAUUCAUUUGGCUAGAUGUUGUCUGUAUUGAUCAAACAAAACCUCACACGCAGGAAUAUUACAGUGAAGUUGGCAGACAAGGCAGGAUUUUUCAAGGUGCAUCCGAGGUGGUAGUAUGGCUCACGACCAUCGACAGUGAGCAGAUGAUAAAGUGGUGGAGAAAAAUGAGUCGCAUCAAGGCUCCGCUUAAACCAGUUCUAGUUGGGAGUGACGACGACUAUGAUGUCAAUGGGUGGUUACGAACAGUCCUAGCAGAGUUUCAGAACCUGAGAAAAGACCCGUGGUUUACUUCUUUGUGGACACUCCAAGAAGCAUUUCUCUCGCCGUAUUCUGUCAUUUUCCUGAGAGACGGCCAAUCCUUCUUCAACUGCGUCGACGAUGUUUCAUCCGGAGGAUAUUUGUCCCACCUCAUUACUGUCUGUCAGAAGAUGUACAGCUUCCUCGACCAAUUCAAAAGAUCUGUGUCUCGAAAGGCUGCAUUUGAUCAGACACUCUUCGACGCUGUGAAGAACGAAAUUGAAGCAUUUGGAUUCCUUGAAGGGUUUAGCGAAGGAACAUCCGUCCUCAGGUCGCUUGAGCUCGGUUUUGAUACAAAUUCAUCAUGGAUGGGCAAUCCACUGAUGCUCUUGCAAGCUUCACAUCGACGAUCAUGCUAUGAGCAGACGGACAGAGUGAGAGGGAUCAUGCAGGUUUUCGGGCUUCAGCUGGGUGAAUCAGCACCUGACGCUAUCCCUGGCAAAACGUAUAGUCUGUCCGAACUCAAAGAUCAACUCGCAUCCGAAUUACUUCGACUCUAUCCUAUCUCUAGUCAAUUAUGCAUCCAAGAUCGAUCUUGCCCACCUCGGGAAGCAUGGAGAGUUAACUCGAGCAUGACAAUGAUGCGUUUUUCGGAGCUGUUGUGGCGACAGAUGAUCAAGCCGGAUGGAACUUCAGUCGACGAACAAGAUCUUGUCGCAGAAUCAAAUGGUGCGAUUCUCGAGGCUGUGGAGUUUGAGAAUGCGCUUAUGGCUGGCUUCGAAGGUAGUUUCACCAGCAUGAGUACGUUUUUCAAUGUUAUGGAAAAGUGCAUUGGGUCUGAUACUGUCGAGGUGGAACUAGAGCACAGAUACAACGACGCGAUAGAGGCAACAUUUUCAGAAGACUAUUUGACGCGGACUCAGAAACUCUCUUGGCUUGCUAGUCAGCCCGAAAGUUGCAACAUGGGUAUUUUGUUCCUCGCCCUAGUUGGGCCACCACCUGAUGCGCCUAAGCUUGAGAAUGUGUGGUGCAGAUGGUGCAUUGGGUUAGUUCUCUGUCAGGAACCUGGUCGACAAGAUGUUUUCGAAAAGGUUGGGGUAGUUACCUGGGAUUUGGAGGCGAUUGAACAAGUAGGGAAGGAUAGGAGACCUCAGGCAGUCGGUGGUGUACCAGAUGCAUUCAAGUACGUCGUCGUAGAGGGUCCCGGUUGGACCAGCUUGAGUGGUUAUUUUGGGUAA